CCUGUAUAAAUAAAAUGGUCGCAGUGGGGCAGCAAUCAAAGCAGCCGCUUCGUCGGAGCCUUCAACACCUCAGCACCUGGGUCUCAAGCCAAGCGAUAUGGAUAACCGCAGUUUGCUCCUGAGGCUCUCAAUUGUGGUGGCGCUGGUGUUGCUUCUCGUCUGCGUGCCGGAAACGGAUGCGGGGGGCCACCAGAAAAAAAAGAAAAUCGUGAUCCACGUGCCCAUUCACAAGAAAAUCGAAACGCACAUACACACCGUGGUGAAACACGUGCACCACCACCACAAGCCACUCGUCCUAAAGGAGGAGAAGAAGGUGAUCCACGAGGACCACCGACCCAUCCAGAUUCACCAGACCAAGGAACACAUUCACCACCACGAGAAGCACGAUCACCAUGAUCACCACGACCACCACGACCAUCAUGACCACCACGAGCACCACCACCCACUUCCGCCUCCGGUGGCGCCUCCAGCGCUGCCGGAACUCGAAGAGGAGGAGGAGCACAUCCACCACCACCACAACUAUGAGCACAGGGGCGGACUGCGAGACGACUUCAUUGGCGGUGACGGGAGCAGCAGUGAGGAGCGCUGACUAUGCAGCGCCCAUGUGGGGGCGCAGACUGACCGGAUGCGGCAGACGUGGACCGAUCGAUCGGAUCAUCCCGGAUUCUUGUGAUUCCCUAGAUACGUACGCACUCUUUUUGUUUUUUUUUUUUUUCUAGCCUAAUGGAAAUGUGAACGGAAAUAAAGUUAAAUCGGAGGAAGGACUUAGUUUUAGAGAAGUGUUAAGGGCAACCAAAGACAAGGUUAUUCAUAUUAGUUUUUUAGCCUUGCCAUUAUUUACUAAGUUAGGCUCUACGUAAUGUUAGUAACGGGGUUUGGUAGUUUUAGCCCUU